UCAUCAGCCUCAUGUCUCUUCCGCAAAACCCAACAUUCAAAUUCUUGUCUGAAUAAACAAAUCCAAACAUUGGCAUUGCAUAGAUUCCUUCAAAAGUCCUCUGAUUCUGAUUCUAGUCACUCAAUUCUGACAUAAUUGGGACACGUUUUUCUCAGUUUUUGUAUAAAGUUCAUUGAGUUGGUCCUGUGUGCGUUAUCUUCUUCAAAUUAAGUAAGCUUCCAGAUUAGUGAUUUCAUGGAAUCCGCCUAGUUCAAAUAUUUUUCCAAUAAAAGAAGUGAUUUUGUUAUGAUUACGUCGUGGGUUUGAUCUGAUUCUACCUCCGUUGCUAAUAAUGCCCUCUUCGAAAGAUUCGUGUUAAAAGAGACUUGAAAAUGAUGAAUUUUGGUUCUCUCUGUGACAUAAACUAUGGGUUUGUGCCCAAAAAGUCAACUGAUUUGUUUGUGAAACAGAAAAUUCACAAGCUUCCCAGCAGAGGAGAUGUAAUCACAAGAUUACCGGUGUUUGGUUCGAAUGCACGGGGGAUUCUGAAUGCUAAAACAAGAAGUAACCUUAGAGCUGGGCCAGCCUUUUGCAAGAGUUAUGGAGAUACAGCAAAAGUGUACCAAGAAGAGGAAAUUCCCAGAGAAAAAUUGAUAUGGAGAGCAAUCAAACUACCAAUGUACUCUGUCGCUUUAGUUCCUCUUACUGUUGGCGCUUCAGCGGCCUAUUUAGAGACGGGGUUGUUUCUAGCUAGACGUUAUGUUACAUUAAUGCUCUCAUCAAUUCUUAUCAUUACUUGGCUCAACCUAAGCAAUGAUGUUUAUGAUUUUGAUACUGGAGCUGAUAAGAACAAGAAGGAAUCAGUAGUAAAUCUGGUUGGAAGCCGGACAGGAACCUUAGCCGCUGCAAUCACAUCGCUCGUGCUUGGUGUUUCCGGUCUAGUUUGGACAUCUUUGAAUGCAAGUAAUAUCCGUGCAAUACUAUUGCUGGCCUCAGCAAUACUCUGCGGCUAUGUAUACCAGUGUCCACCAUUUCGGUUAAGUUACCAAGGAUUAGGAGAGCCUCUAUGCUUUGCAGCAUUUGGUCCAUUUGCUACUACUGCUUUUUAUCUACUUCUUGGUAGCUCAAGCGAGAUGAGGCAUCUUCCGUUAAGCGGUAGGGUCCUUUCCUCAUCUCUCCUUGUUGGUUUUACUACAUCUCUCAUCCUUUUCUGCAGCCACUUUCAUCAGGUGGAUGGAGAUUUAGCUGUGGGGAAAUAUUCACCUCUGGUUCGGUUAGGGACUGAAAAAGGAGCUUUUGUUGUGAGAUGGGCUAUUCGUUUGCUAUAUUCAAUGCUUCUAGUUCUUGGUUUAAGCAGGAUUUUGCCACUACCUUGCACAUUGAUGUGUUUCCUGACAUUACCAAUUGGGAAUUUGGUUUCAAGCUAUGUCGAAAAGCACCACAAGGAUAAUGGGAAGAUAUUCAUGGCCAAGUAUUACUGUGUGAGACUCCACGCAUUGUUUGGAGCCGCACUGUCGUUGGGACUCGUUAUCGCUCGCUAAAUUUCACUUACCAAACAUUUGUUUUUCUCUUUUUCCAAAAAUAAACAAACGUUUACUUAUGAGCCACUACAGUAUGUUGUAGCCAAAAGGAAACAUUCGAACUUAGAAAAGUUGUUAAAAGGUCUCAAAUCACAAGCAUGGUGAGCGAGUAUAUUCUCUAGGUUGAAUUUGGAUGUGUCAAUUGUUAGGCCAAGUGACGGAUAUCACCAUGGAUAUGUUGAAAAAUGGGCCAUGUCGGAUUUAGUGCAUGUCCCUUGACGUUAU